AGGUAUAGCCUUAUAUGCGAGUAACACUCCAACAACGCUCACGGUGACGUGACGGUGCCGGUGCCCAACUCAUAAGCAAAUUGAAUUCCUUUAGAACCUCUGGAAUCUGGAACCUCUCAUAUGUCAUACGCAAAGCUCGAAUUGCAGAAGCUCGUUCCAGGAGUUGUUCGGGCCAUAUUGUAGUGCUUCUACUUAUCCAGUGACUACGUGAACUAUCUGCUUGGGUCUUGCAGUGGACCUGAGCCAGAAGUCAUCCUUUCUUCUCAACUGCGACAUUUUCCAGAAGGUGUUUUAUUUACUAUUAAGUUGACAGGUGUAGUCAAUAGAGUUAUCAAUGGCUAUUCGUAUGGAAGAUGGAAAGAGGUGCAGUUGAUCAAUUGUGAAGCUUGAGAUCAUCUUCAUCUAAUCAAUAGUGGUACCCACAAUAUGGAAUGGAUGUGGGUUGUUUACAUUUUCUUCUUUCUUUUAAAUGUGAGGGAGUCUGCUGGCAUUUCUGGUAAAGCAUGGUAUCUCGAAAUGGCUACUGGGCAAUCAUCUCUCUAUAGCUGGAGUAUCACUAGUUCUAGCAUAUUUGUUCUUACAGCUCUGGUGCUGUCUGCAUAUCUCAUUUUUGAGCACCUAGCUGGUUACAAUCAGCCAGAGGAGCAGAAAUUUUUAAUAGGGCUCAUACUAAUGGUUCCUGUGUAUGCUGUAGAAUCGUUCAUGUCGCUGUUGGAUUCAAGAGCUGCAUUUAAUUGUGAAGUAAUACGUGAUUGCUAUGAAGCAUUUGCAUUGUACUGCUUUGAGAGAUAUCUGAUUGCUUGCUUAGGUGGGGAGGAGAAGACGAUUGAAUUCAUGGAAAGUCAAAGUAUCAUAAAUUCUGCUGCACCCCUUCUGGAAGAUGCAUAUACUUAUGGUGUUGUAGAACAUCCAUUCCCUCUUAAUUACUUCUUAAGGGAAUGGUAUCUUGGGAAAGAUUUCUAUCAAGCUGUAAAAAUCGGCAUUGUUCAAUAUAUGAUUGUGAAAUUGAUAUGUGCACUUUUAGCAAUACUUUUGGAAGCUUGUGGCGUGUAUGGGGAAGGAAAGUUCCAAUGGAAUUAUGGCUAUCCUUACUUGGCAGCUGUUCUUAAUUUUAGUCAGACAUGGGCUUUAUAUUGCCUCGUUCAAUUUUAUUCAGUCACGAAAGACAAGCUUGAGCCAAUCAAACCUUUGGCUAAAUUUCUGACUUUCAAGUCAAUAGUGUUUCUGACAUGGUGGCAAGGAAUAGCCGUUGCUUUCCUUUUCUCAGUAGGAGCCUUCAGGGGUUCCUUGGCUCAGGAGUUACAAACACGUAUUCAGGACUAUAUUAUAUGUAUUGAGAUGGGCGUUGCAGCUGUGGUUCAUCUUUACGUCUUUCCAGCAGUACCUUACAAGCUUGGAGAACGGUGUGUUAGAAAUGUUGCAGUGAUGGAUGACUAUGCUGCCCUAGGUACACCUCCAGACCCAGAGGAGGUUAGAGACGGUACCAGAUUCACCAGGAUGAGCGUAGCUCGGCAUGAUGAAAGAGAAAAGCGGUUGAACUUUCCUCAAUCAGUUCGUGAUGUGGUAGUCGGUAGUGGAGAAAUUAUUGCGGAUGACAUGAAGUUCACUGUUUCCCAUGUGGUAGAGCCAGUGGAAAGGGGAUUUGCAAAGAUAAAUAAAACAUUGCACGAUAUAUCUGAAAACGUCAAGAAACUAGAACUGAAGAGGAGAUCUAAGGAUGAUAGUCUAAUCCCAUUAGAUUCGUGGACAAAAGAUUUCCAUGAUGAUCUUCCCGAAGGGAGUAUUAGUGACAGCGGUUUGGCUUGGGGAUCGAGACAGAAUGUCAAAUAUAAAAGCUCAUCGUCCCAGUUAAGAUAACCCGCUUGGAGAUCGAGACAGAAUGUGGAAUAUAAAAGCUCAUCGUCCCAGUUAAGGUAACCUGCUAUCCACCGGAAAAUUGAUGACAAUUACCUCUUUGUAAUACAAGUGGUGCGCAAUGAGGUUCGGAAACCAGCAUCUCUCAGUAGUAUGUUUUUAUUCCACUGGUAUGAUGAUGUCAGGGUGGAGGCUAGAACUAAUGUGACACAUAGUAGUAGAUGGUGUUAAAUGCUAACUGAUUUUACUAUAAACAGCCAAAGGUUAGAUGUUUAGCUGAUUGAACUUGUACAGAUACAAAUUCUGUGUCUAUUUGGACACAUAUCUCUCCUUGUAAAUGCGAAAACAAAUUUUGAUAGUAA